GUUCUGUGUGAUGUCUUUUCGGACCGUUUGUUUUCGUCAAAAGAUCAUAAGAAAAUACGGUGUUACAUAUUUUCUGUUUCAGAUUUUCUGCGGAAUAUACUUUUUGGGGGAAAUUACUUUGUGAACACCGCCGCUUGUUAACUGUACCCUUAUAGCUAUGAUGUGUCGGAAGGAUUUCAAGUUCAGAUUUGUGUCAAUUGUUGUGAUUGUAAUUCUCACUGUCUUUAGUGUAUACUAUUUCUCUGCAAGUAUACAGGCUACAUGGAAACAUCUUCCAUUUGUUUUAACAGGAAAUGUUGACCAAUCUCCAAGCCAAACAAAUUUUACAGGAAAAUAUGUUCUCUCUUUCACUUCACAAGGCAAUGUUAAGGGUGACCAGCCUCCAAGCCUGGGGAAUUCCACCGGGAAAUAUCGCCCCUUUAUUCCGUCGGGUAUAAAUGACAAGCAACCAGGUCAAGUGAAUUCUACAGGGAAAGAUUUCAUCCCUUUUAUUCCAAUAAGCAGACAUGACCAGCCUUUACAUCAAGACCAUCAAUCAGCACCGUACAACACUAGUACUGAUCCUGCUAAAAUCGAUUAUAGACAACGCUUUUUGGAUUAUGCCAAAGAGGAUCUUCUACAUACGAUACCUCCAACCUAUUUGAAACAGUUUAAGAAUCCAUGUUGGUAUGAAAACAGCACAGAGAGUAUGAAAAUGCCGACUUUGCGCUGUCUUCCCUACUUCAUGAUCUUGGGCCAGAAUAAAUGUGGUACAACUGCUUUAUACAUGAACGUCAUCAAGCACCCGGAUGUAAUAGCAUCCAAAGGCAAAGAACCUCAAUUCUGGGCCAGGAUGCGGCAUUGCUAUUGUUGCGGUGACCUGACUUAUCGUUUUCGUUGCGUACAUAAUCGACCAUGGACUUGGAAAAAUUACAUAGAAUAUUUCAAUCCCGCUGCGAAGAAAAUACAAAAGUUUCUUAUCUCUAAGAAACAAGCGAAAGUUAAGCGCAGCGCUGAAAUCAUUACAGGAGAGGCCACGCCCUCUAAUUUAUGGGACAACCGCUGGUGGUGGAAUUACAACGUAAACGAGAACGACACAGAGCCCCCAGCAGUUACUAAUGCUGAUUAUUUGCAUCACUUCAUGCCGAAUCUUAAGAUGAUUAUUAUCUUAAGGAAUCCUGUGUCCAGGCUGUAUUCGGACUACAAAUAUGUAAGUCUAGGGAAAAAGUCACCGGAGCUGUUCCAUCAGGAAGUGACCAAAGAAAUCAACUCAUUUAGAAACUGUUCCAGACUUCACGAUUUUCGAUACUGUGUGUUUCGUAAUUCUUUUGAUGAGAGAAAUGUGACAAGUAAGGCACGUCUUAAUAAUGGAUUUUAUGCACUGUUCAUUGAGGAAUACCUGAAGUUUUAUCCCCGGGAACAAUUUCAUAUAAUACGACUUGAAGAUUACUCCAAACAAAAUACCGAGGUUAUGGAAGGCAUAUUUCGUUUUCUUAAUCUGCGUGUCCCGGAAAAACAAAAGAAACCCGAUAAAAGAGCGUCAAAAGUAUCAAAGAUCGGCGACAUGUUACCAGAAACGAAAGCCUUAAUAACGGAAUUUUACAAACCCUACACUGAACAUUUAGCAGAUUUACUAAAAGAUGAACGGUUUCUCUGGCGCGACUAGACAUUUUUUUUAAUUUAUCUUAUAUCAAAGUAUUACUCAUCAAAAGUAUGAUUUGAAUGUAAAUAAAUGCUAUUUAAAGCCAAAAGCCUACUAAAAAUAAUCGUCUAAGUCGAGAUGUAAGUUUGCA